GUUUGUUCCUCUGUUUGUUCCAGCGUCGCCUGCAAAGAUGGAGCUGCUGUACCUGCUGCUACUCGCCUUCACUGUUGUCCUCUCAACCCAUGCUCGAGUCAAACACAACCUUUUCAUGUUCAAUGGAUGCUCCGACACAGAAAAGGAGGCGCUGUAUGGAUCUGAGGGAGAGGAGAUGUGGCAUUCUGACUUCAAACUAAAGCAGGGAGUAGCUACGUUGCCUGAGUUUGCAGAUCCUCUAAGUUUCCCAGGAGCAUAUGAAGAGAGUGUUGCGGAUCAAGAAGUAUGCAAACAAAACCUAGCCACCUCUAUUAAAGCUUACAACAGCCCUCCUGAGGAAAUGGAGCCUCCAGAGACCUCCAUCUACCCCAGGAAUGAAGUGCUGCUGGGUGUGGAUAAUGUGCUCAUCUGCCACGUGACCGGGUUUUUCCCUCCGCCAGUGGACGUCUCGUGGAGCAGGAAUAAUGUGAAGGUGACCGAAGGAGUGGAUGUGAGCCAGUACCGGCCCAGGAGCGAUCAAACCUUCCACAUGUUCUCCAGCCUGAAGAUCCGUCCUGCAGCGGGAGACAUUUACGGCUGCACGGUCAACCACGCAGCCCUCCAGGAACAACCGCAGACCAAACUAUGGGUUGUGCCGCAGGGGGGCGUCCUGAGCCCCUGCCUGACUCCGGUUCUGCUCUCUGGACUGGGAUUUACAGUGGGACUGCUGGGACUGGCCACGGGGAUCUAUUUCUUUAUUAAAGGAUCUACAGCUGACGUCUCCGACACGGCAGUGAGCAAGAAGAAACUAAUGCAGUUCUACCAAUAAAGAAACUCUGAGUGGGAGUUUGAUUACUGACACACCCUGCAUCUGUGUGUGGUUUCAGAUGACGGAUGAAUUACGGAAACACAAAGGUCUGCUUUAAUGCUUGAUGUGUUGCUCACACUUUAUAUGAAGUGGCCUUAAGCAAAAUGCAAGUGAAUCAUUUGUUACUACAGUAUGUACUUAUUGUGUAAGUGCAUGUACUUAUGAUUAAUUAAAUACAUGUAACGUAGUUACAUCUUUAUUUACACUCUUGACUACCGGCACAUCUCAACCCACACUUAAACCUACCCAUUCCACCAAACCUGACCCUUCCUGUAUCCAGUAUUGUGUUCUGCAAUACAUUAUGGUGUUUUAAGUGUGUAGUAGUUAAGGCCACUUCAUAUAAAGUGGGACUGAUUUGUUUUAUGUUGAAUAAAAAUGACUGAUUUUUCUUUAAUACCAGAAAUCAUUAAAUGAAAUGUCAUGGAGACGUUCUGUAAAUGUUCUACUGUAAACAUAUUAAAAUGUACAUUUUAAUAAGGAUAAAUGCGUAUUUUUAACA